UCUUCGCGGAGGUGGGAAAAGAGAUGAUGAAGAAGCUUUGCUUUCCCCUAUCCCUCUUCCUCGCGCUCUCGUUUCCGCUCAUCGCCGACGUCCAUGGGAUCGAAUCCCCCGAGUACACCGUCGUCCACUCGGAAUCCGACUUCGUGGUGCGGCUCUACCGAGAGUCGGCGUGGAUGUCCGCUCCCACCGAGGAGAUCUCCUUCGAGAAAGCCACCAAGCUCGGCUUCCAUCGAGUGUUUCAGUACAUUGAAGGAGCCAAUCUGAAUUGGUCUAGGAUCAGUAUGACCACCCCUGUCUUGACGAGCAUUGUUCCUGAUGCGGGCCCUUUUCACUCUUCAGCCUACUACGUGCGCUUCUACUUACCAGUGAAAUUCCAAGCUUCCCCUCCCCUUCCUCUCCCUGAACUGAACCUCCAUGCUGACAAAUGGCCAAGUCACUGUGUUGCAGUGAGGCAGUUUUCUGGUUUUGCACGGGACAGCAACAUUAUCAAGGAAGCAGAGAGACUAGCUAUCAGCUUGAGCCGAUCUAGCUGGACUAACUCAACUGACUUUGGAAUGAAUGCAUACUCAAUUGCUCAGUAUAAUUCCCCAUUUCGCUUGAUCGGUCGUGUCAAUGAGGUUUGGGUUGAUGUUGCUGGAUCUGAAGGAUCAGAUUGUGCAUCUAGUGUCUUAGAGGUUUACUAAAACCUAGACAUCAUGUAUCAAAAAGAAAAAAAGAAAAAAUGUGAGAUAUGCUACGGAUACAUUCUCACUCCUACUGUAUAUACAUGGGUUUUCCUAAAACUGCAGCUUAUUAAAGUGUCACAAAUUCUGCUGUCAUUGAACGAAUUAUCUUUGCCUGUGCAAUAAGAGUUCCGUUGGUGGCAAGAACGAAUGAAACAGAA